GCGAAAUCCCGACUACAGCUCUGACCUUUUUCCAGCUCGAGGAUACUCUUAAUGUGCUUUGCUUGUAGUGUGUCUAGAUGAACAUGCCCUGCGAUAAUCUUGAUCCGGACAAUGUUUGGAAUUACGUCCAAGUCGCUGGCUUCGGUUGGGCAGCAGGUACAGCCGCGGACAUUAGGGCUGGUGCUACCAUAUGUUGGCCAGGUGAUUGAUGCAAAUGAGUUAGAGGACACAUAUGUUGCUCCCAUUAUAACCCUGGAAAUAGCCUUCAAGCUAGCGACGGUUGUGAGCAACCUUGUCUAUGCCAGCUUGUAUGGUGCGGAUUUUGGCGAUGGUGUGCAGGCGUUUUCGACGCUGCAUCUGGAGAUCGGGCUGGGCACAUUUGUUAUUCUGCCAUCGCGGCCGCCAAGCAAGGACCUGGUUGCCAAUAUUUGUGUUGCGCUGCAGGGCUUGUUCUAA